AUGCCUACUUCUAUGACCGAUGCUAUUAACCGAGCCGGUAAUGUGACCAAAGAUUUGUUGAGGAGCGGGGUUUUGAGUAAAUCAUCAUCAUCAUCAUCAAAGAGGAAAGAUGUGGCGGAGAGUAGUGGGGUGAGGAAGAUGGGUAGGUUUGACCCUAAGAAUGCUAACCGGAGAAGAGUGAUGGUUGUGGUUAAGCCGGCAAGGAGGCCUUAUGCGGGACCUCAUCCUUUUUGUAACAAGUGUAAUAAGCAUCAUCCCAUUAACAUCCAAUGUGGGGCUUGUUUUAAAUGCAACCAACUCGGGCAUUUAUCAAGAGAUUGUAGAGCACCGGGGACGACCUCAAUGAAUGUGGCUCUUAUUCAAUCCGUCCCUCCUCAUGGUAAUCAACGAAGAGGUGAGUGUUUCGAAUGUGGUAGCCCUCAUCACUACCGCAACAAUUGUCCUCGAUGGGUGGGACAACAAGUUCAAGUAGCCGUCCACCCCAACCAACUACAAAUAGCCGGGUAA